AUGGCGCCAAGCUCAACAUCCAAACUGCUAUUCUGCAUUCUUGCUUCACUUUUUCUUGUUACCUCUGCUCAAAACUGUUCACACUACACUUUCCCAGCCAAUAGAAUUUUCACCACUUGCAAAGUACUUCCCUUCUUAGAAGCAAACCUACACUGGAGCUACAAUUCAUCCAGCACAAAAGUUUCAAUUGCAUACAGAGCUAAACAAGAUCCUAAGGGAUGGGUAGCAUGGGCUAUCAACCCUACUAGACAAGGCAUGGUCGGGUCGCAAGCAUUAGUUGCUUUCCAUAAAUCAAAUGACAGCAUGAUAGCUUACACAACACAAAUAACAAGUUACAGUCCAUCAAUGCUGGAAGCAAAUCUCAGCUUUCAAGUUUCAAAUAUAUCUGCAGAAUACUUGAACAACGAGAUGAUUAUCUUUGCAACUAUAGGGCCACUGGGCAAUGGAACCACAGUAAAUCAUGUCUGGCAAGGUGGAAACUCAGUCGCGAACGACAUCCCUCAGAUGCAUCCAUUAUCAUCCCCACACCUUCAAUCAUUUGGAGAAAUAGAUUUUCAGAAACUUUGA